UUUAGUAACCGAGACAACAAUACGACACAACAAUAGCACAUUCUCACUUCUUUCUCCUGCGCUCCCAAUUCCCGUCUUCAUUGCAUGAGCUCGAAGGCCAAUCCUACCACCUCCGUCUUCAGCCACCGUCAUCGCACAACUCCGCCGCGCUUCCGAGGUACUUCCUAGUUUUGACCGGUUCAACGUCUACUAUAAUAACUUCCAUAACUAUAAUGAUCAAACAUGCGCUGCUUCAACAGUCAUUUUCCUCUCUCCAGCCAGUCUUUGCAUCCUCUUCCCCUUCCACCCCGAGGGGAAACUCAUUUGUGGUAUGUGAUUCCUGAUGAAGUAAAGUGCUCAUCACUCUUGAAGCAAUAUCUGGAAAUCCUUUCCCCUUGUGAGAAACAAAGUGUACUUAGCUUCUGCGACAGUGAGCUCAGGAAGAAAGCCCUCUUAGCCCGUGCUCUGGUCCGCACUACUAUCGCUAGAUAUCAGACAAAUUCGUAUGUUGAUCCAAGAUCUCUGAAGUUUAAGAAAAACUCCUACGGAAAACCCGAGGUUGAUUGGCAGCAGGUACCUGAUGUGAGUUGGCCACCGUUGCAUUUCAAUUUAUCACACACAUCAUCAUUGAUUGCAUGUGGAAUUACGACAUAUUCUCCUAUUGGAAUCGACGUGGAAGAUAAGAAGAGGACAAUAAAGAAUGAUGUUAUGUCAUUUGCUCGCCGCUUCUUCUCUCCUCAUGAAGUUGAACAUUUGGCUAGUAUUUUAGAUUCGGAAAUACAGCGUCGGGAAUUUAUUAAAUUAUGGACACUCAAGGAAGCAUAUGUAAAAGCAUUGGGAAGGGGCUUUUCAGCUUCUCCGUUUAAGACGUUCAGGAUUCUUUUCAAACCUUCGUCAAAAAAUACGUCAAGUAUUCCUGAAAUUGCUGAUCUUACGGAAUCUGAAAUUACUGUUGAAUCGUCUGAGUUUCCAAAUGGGCAAUGGCGGUUUGCCCUUCUUGACUUGGCUAAUACUCAUUAUGCUUCUAUUUGCACAGAGAAUUUUAACGAAGAAACUUCUUCUCCAAUGGCUCUGAGAGUGUGGAAGACGAUUCCUCUUCUGGAAGAUUUAUGCAUGUCUGGGACUCCUUCCAUUAUAACAAUUGGUGGGCUUGUCAAGCAGCUCAAGUGGAUUAAGUAGGGAUUAUUUCUGAUGAUAAUUAAACAGGCGAUGAUCAUUGAUAAUUAGUUGUAUUCAACACUCAACAAUCAACAGUCAAUUUGAUAGGAAUGAUAUAAUUUGUUCAUUUUUACCUGUAUAUGCAGAACUCCCCAAACAGCUGCAUAAAGUGGCAAUUGUGAAUUUGUGAUAUUGACUAUUGAGUUAAAUGUAUAUGAAAUUGGCCCAUUUUAUUUCAAAUGAAAUUUAAGAGGCCUCCCUACUCAGUUCUACCAGGUCC